CCCUACACCGCCCCUGUCACCAGUGAAGCUGAUCCAUUCCAUAAUGUAGAUUUGUGGAGCUGCCUUUCCAUCCAUCAUCCUUGCAUAUGGCGUGUUUUAUGGCACAUCCUCCACAGAGAGAAGGUUUAGGAGCGCUCCUGAGGGACCUGCAAACUUCUGUAGUGCGCAGACAGCGGCGGUCAUCCGCCUGCCCCGUGUCCGAUGUGGAAUAGUCUGAUUGCAGCAAGUUGAUGAGAUGCGGCGGCUGCUGCCUGUGUGAUUUCUGUGCUGCUGCUGCUACUGCUGCCUCCACCUCCUCUCUCUCUCUCUUUCUCUCUCUCCCUCUCUCUCUCUCUUGCUUCUCCCUCCAGCCCAGCGCUGCCAAUGCGCCAGGAUAGAGAGAUCUCGGUGCCGGGGAUGACGCAGAAGAGCGAGCUCCCCCCAAAAAGUGUUUCAGGACGAAGAUGGCGGCAACUUAGCACAGGACCAAGAUGACUGUGACCAUCGGGAGGCAAAAGCCAGGCUAUUCCGCCAAGGAGAAGACGCCCGGCUGAAGGAGCAGAGCAGCAGCCAGCCCAGGGAGCCGUGCCGUGCCGUGCCGUAAUCUGUGUCAGUAGGAGGAAAGGGGGAAAGGCUCUGCGGUAAAAGCGGAGCUCUCGGCACGGACAAGAGGCAUGCAGUCAGUGGCAAGUAGCAGCAGCAGCAUUGUAUGUGUGAGCGCUAUGGAGAAGAAGCGCGAUGUGCCCGUGCCUGCCUUCCUCUCUCUAUUCCCUCUAAUUGGAUGGAUCUAGCUGAUCAGCGGCACUGCGAGAAGAACAAGAACAAGUCCCAUCGUGUGCCGUCGGCAAAAACGCCGUCCAAGGCAGAAAAAACAAGGCAAUCCAUCCUCAAGUCAAUGAAUAUUGGGGUCACACUGGCCAAGGAGCCGUCACGGUGGAGUCGGCCAGGGCAGCGCCUUCCCAAAAUAUGACCAGGGGUGCUUGGAUGUGUCGGCAGUUUGAUGACAGCUCCAAAAUCUGGUUCGCACCCCGGGAGAACGAGAAACCUUUCACGGAUUCAGAGAGGGCUCAGAAAUGGCGACUGUCUUUAGCAUCCCUCUUGUUUUUCACAGUUCUGCUCUCUGAUCAUUUGUGGUUCUGCGCCGAGGCGAAAUUGACAAGGACCAGAGACAAAGAGCAGGGCACCUUAAUGUCACCUACUAGCAUGGCUGAUCCAUUGCCAUCAGUGGAAGGACCUUCACUCUCACCUACCAUUCAAUCAUCUCAAGAGAGCCUUAGCCAAGGCAAAAAAGCUAUUUUUCUAGGAAAUUCUACCAAACCUCUGUGGCCGCCACAAGCCUGUUCCCCACAUAGUCCUUCUGGCCGAUGUUUGGUGGUGGACGAUGCUGAAUCUGUCUGUAGGAACUUGAGUGAGGGGCCAUGGAAGGAACAUGAAGCCACUCACUACAACAACAACUUGAGUCAUUUGUACCUACCCUUUUGUAAUUCCUAUACACUUUGGGAUUUGUUUUCUGGCUUCUCCAAUCCGGACACGUUGAACUGUAGUGGGGACCUGAUGGAGAAUGGGGAUGUAGCUGGUUGCAGGCAAUGUGUCCAGGCUUACAAAGGCUACGACCAGCAAGCUCAGGAGAAAUACCAAGAAUUUGAAAUUUUGCUACAGAAAUAUUUACAAUCGGAGGAGUAUUCGGUCAAAUCCUGCUCUGAAGACUGCAAGACUGUCUAUAAGUCCUGGCUGUGUUCCCAGUAUUUUCAAGUUACACAAUUCGAAUGCAGUAGCAAAAUUCCUUGCAAGCAAUACUGUUUGGAGGUUCAAACGCGGUGUCCAUUUAUAUUACCAGACAACGAUGAUGUCGUGUAUGGUGGACUAUCAAGUUUCAUUUGUACAGGGCUGUAUGAACCCUAUCCAACCAAUGCAGAACCAGAAUGCUGUGAUGUCAGAUGGGAAUUAUCAACAGAUAACCAAUCCAAAGGGACUAAAAAAUCACAUGAUUCAACGUUGUGUCACAGGACGUCACUCACAGCUUCAUCAGCAUCCAGACUAUGUAAUAGCAGACUUAAACUGUGUGUUCUUGUACUGAUACUAUUACAUACUGUACUAGCAGUCUCAGCAGCACAAAACUCAACAGGACUGGGUUUUGAAAACUUAAGAAUUUUGGAAGACCGUUCAACACAUGAGGAAUAGAAUAAUGGAAGUCUUCAAUUGGAUAGACAUGCCACUGGCCCACUCCAGCAAAACGCUACAGUCACAUGUAACAGAAACGAGGUGCUUGUACCUUACAACCAAUUUUUACAAGUCAGUCCGAAUAAAAAUGUCAAGAUGGGCCAGACUCCAAACUUCAAGGACAACAUGGGACAGCUUUUUAUUGACUAAAAGGCUGUAUGGUGACUUAAAUUUCUCACACCAUUUUAUACACUGUGUUUUAAUGUAUGGAUUCUUCUUUUUUGUUUGAUUUUGCACUUGUUAAUACAGGAUUUUAUUUUUGGGAUGGUUUCUCAAAGCUAUACUGAGUCUUUUCACUGUCUAUAUAUUUCUAGUCAUUGUACUCAUCAUUUAUGUCCUGUCAGUUUCUACUCUAAUGGCAGUGCUAUGAAUGCAAGCAUAGCAAACAAUAACAGCACCAAUAUCCAUUUUGCCCAUCUGUAUCAUUGUUAUACCCAUCUCUUUAAAGCAAAAAAGUGAAAACCAUACAAAACUUAGGAAACAGCAUAGUUUCAACUGUUUAUUUGUAAGCAAAGGGCACACCUACAGUAGGGUGUCUGUUUGCUAGUAGGAUCAGACAACUGAUCAAGCAAACGACAUGCCUUAGGGCUGAAGGAUGGUGAAAACAGUGAGACUAAUGCUCUCCUUAAAGAGUUGGGCAAUUAUCCCAUUUUUACGUGAACCUAUAACAAACUGUGUUGUUCCAGGUCCCAUCUAAGAAAAAUAAAAUGUCCAGUCUCUCUGCUGGUCAGUUGAACAGGAGCAGCCUUUUGAUUCAGUAUGUUGAACCAGUUAAGCUCAGUGAGUAAUAUAGUUGAAGGCCUUCACAUUGGAGGUAAACUUUUGGCAUUCAUUGUGAAUUACAUUUUUAUUUCUGAUGUAGUUGCAGUUUUUUUUAUCAAAUGUCAAUAUUUAUUAGUUUACUGUAGAUAUGAUGAAAACAUAUCAGGAUGGGAAGUCUUGCCCAGGAAAACCUUGAAGCUUAUUUAAACUACAAUUAAAUUGUUAGAACAAUGAGAAUUAAGCCUAAUGUGUUCAGUAAAAACAGCUUAAAAAUGUUAAUUACCGUAUUUAUCGGUGUAUCACAUGCACAGGCGUAUAACAUGCACCCUAACUUUA